CUGGCUAAAGGCUAACUACCCAAACACAACACCAUCUCUCUCUCUCUGAAGCUUGAAAAAAAGAGAAAUCAUGAAAUUUCAAACCCUAAUUCUUCUCACACUUCUUCUAGUAGCCUAUGCGUCUGCAAGGAAACUAUCAACGCCACCGGUUGGUGGUUAUAGCCCCAUCGAAGACAUCAACGAUCCUCACGUCAUCGAAAUCGCUAAUUUCGCCGUCACUCAGUACGACAAGCAAAGUGGUGCCAAAUUGAAAUUCAACAAAGUCAUCAAAGGUGAAUCUCAGGUUGUUGCAGGGACUAACUACCACCUCACUCUCUCCGCCGGCGAAGGUUCGGUUUCGAAGAUCUAUGAAGCUGUUGUGUAUGAGAAGUUAUGGCUUCACUUCCGAAACCUCACUUCCUUUGAACCCGUUCAUGCUUAAAUCAUCAAAAACUUAUAGCAUAAUUCCGCUAUACUAUACUGUAAUGUAUUAUUAUUUUGAUUAUUUAUAUAAAUAAAAGUUUAUGUCUUGAAAUCAUCAAAAA